AUGGGAAAGCGAACUAGAUCCUCCGUCGCGUCACCCGCGACACCCGCGACCCUCUCGGACCUCCAGAAGCACGCUCACGAGCACGUCGACGAGACAAUAGGUCUAGAGGUGCCAGAACAACUUCUUACGCCUGAGAACAGCCGCUCCGAAACCUCCAGCAACAGCGAGAACGCGUGCCCUGAAGAAAAGCCUACGCUGCGACGGGCAUCUACACGUGUCACACGCUCUUCUCUACGAGCUUCGGGUACAUUUGAGUCCAAACCUGAGCAGGAAGAUGCAAUCAUCACGUCCUCGUCUGGUGAAAUGGACCCUACGAAUUCUAGUGGGAACCUAGCCCACGAUGUCACGAAACUCAAGCGGUCCCAGUCCUCCCACCUCCGGCACAGCAUAGCGGUCAUGGAAACCGCCGUUUGGAGCGAGUCAACGCUUACACGACAUAUCAUGGAGGUUGAGGACCACCUAAUAACUCCAGAUACGCCUGUCUCCAACUCGUCCCAAGAGCCACAGCUAGAUGAUCUUAGCUCAUCACUACCGCAGCGAUCACUGAGGAAGCGCGUGGAACGGGCAUUGACCAAGGAGGAUAGUUCCAACCGGAAGAAGGAUGAAUCGGCGGCCCGCGUUGAUGAUCCCAAACCAAGGCGCUCAACUCGUCUGAGUUUAUUGGAAAAGGCAUCGGAUUUUGUCGAGAAGGCGGGUAGCGUCCUGGGCAAAAGGUCAAAGGAUAUGAUGGAGAAAGGGCAAAAUCUUGACCGCAGAGCCAGUCUGCGACCUCGUAACGUCGUUGCGCCCAAGGAAGAACCCGCCUCUCUCGCGUCAAGCGAGCCUUCGGCUGCGAAGAAACGACGUGUUUCUGAAAGUGACCUGCCGUCCAAGAUCAAGGCCAUUGACCAGUCCACUGCGCAAAGCGACACUGCCGCCAAAGAGCCCAGGUUCAAGCCGAAGCGCUGGCUGUCUCAUGGACUGUACACUGGGCAAGAGUAUACGACCGCCCGGCCCAGCCAAAACAGAAAUAAGAACGCGAAGAGGCGAUCUCAAGGCGUCCCUUCGCAGCGAAGAUUGCUGCCAAUGCCAAUGUUCGCAGGCGACCGACUGCUACAGUUGGGGAGGGAUUUCCAGCUGCCGUUCGAUAUUUACUCGCCUCUUCCGCCUGGUCAACCCAAACCUGACGAAUGGAGGAAAACCAACAAAAAUGUUUUUGUUGGAGAGGCGGGUAGUAUAUGGAGAGCCAACAAGCACAUGGAACUGUCCAAAUGCAUGUGCACAGAAGAGACAGGAUGCGACGAGAACUGUCAAAAUCGGUACAUGUUCUACGAAUGUGACGAUGGGAACUGUGGACUGGGUCCUGACUGUGGCAACCGAAGCUUUGAUGAGCUUAAGCAAAGGACAAAGGCCGGGGGAAAAUACAACAUUGGCGUGGAAGUCAUCAAGACAGCCGACCGCGGAUACGGCGUCCGCAGCAAUCGCACAUUCGAGCCCAACCAGAUUAUCGUUGAAUAUACUGGUGAAAUCAUUACUCAAGCCGAGUGCGAGAAGAGGAUGAGGACGAUAUACAAGAACAAUGAGUGCUAUUAUCUCAUGUACUUUGAUCAAAACAUGAUAAUCGACGCUACUCGAGGCUCAAUCGCUCGCUUCGUGAACCAUUCCUGCGAACCGAACUGCCGAAUGGAAAAGUGGACUGUUGCAGGCAAGCCACGCAUGGCUCUGUUCGCGGGUGACCACGGUAUUAUGACUGGUGAAGAAUUAACUUAUGACUACAAUUUUGACCCCUAUUCUCAGAAGAAUGUCCAGCAAUGCCGAUGCGGUGCUUCCAACUGCCGUGGAAUAUUGGGACCGCGACCCAGAGAAAAGGAUCAGCGGUCCAAAGAGUCGAAGAUUAUUAGCCAGAAGAAGACGACUACCACUAAAAAGGUCAUUGGUACCAAACGCAAAAGCGGGACAGUGCUUGACAAUUCUUCAUCGCGGCUUAACAAAAAGCGAAAAGUUCUGGCUCCGAAAUCCAUCGCGAAACAGGUCAAAAAGGCAGUGUCGAGAGCGCCUGCGACGAUGUCCAAGUCAGCGAAUUGGGGAAAGAAGAGAACAGUGAAAGUGCAGACCAAGGUCUCCAAGACGACGGUCAAGAAGCCCGAGAGCUCAAGAUCCAAAAGUCAGGCGAAGGAUAAGGAGACCAAGCCCAAAAGUAGCGUCAGACUUCCCAGGGUCAAAACCGCCAAAACGAAAGUGAAGGCGGCAAUUCUUCCCAAGAAGAAGUCACCUAAAAUAACGGGGAAGUCGCCAUCGAAGCUGAAGGUUUCUCCUGCGUCUUCCUCGACGUUGAGUCGUCCAUCUGCGAAAGCAAAGGAGAAGAUACUCAAGGUAGCCAAAGGUGCGAAUGCUCGGAAACAGACGACGAAGGGGAAGACAGCUGGUACGAAAUCGCCUUGCAAGAACCCCACAAGCAACAGCAUCAAAAAGCGCCCUAGGGCUAUGGCAUCGACUAAACGGACAAAGGGCGCAAGCACGGUGAUGGUCCAUUCCACUUAA